AUGUGGCCCGUCUUGGGGUCCCCAUCCAGGAAGACGGCAGUGACCGGCGCAGCUGAGUUUGCUGGUAAUGGCUUUCAUACUUCGCUGCCAAAUCACUGUUUGACCGCCUCUGGCUCUCCCCACCCUUCACGUGUUUGUGCGCAAAGAGCCCUUCGAGGAAGUCAGUCAACUGGCAUACGUAGCACGUGGCCAAGCCAGCGCGACCUGUGCAGUGUGAUCAGUUCAUCUAUCGAGGGUGAGUUAUUUCUCCCGAAUACCAUUCGACGUACUUCAAAAUUGCUGAUCCGGUGUUCCCACCAGAUUCGGGCAAUUCUCCGAAGGUAUCGAUGGUCAAACACUGAAAGUCUUUUGACGUCCUCGGCGCGCAGCGGCCAGCGCAUACCAAACCGCGAGGCAGAAUUAUUCAGAUUAUUUAGUAUUGUUUGCAUUGCCACGGGAUCAGAUCCUAGAAGACCUAUGUCGUCUGCGUACUCGAUGUCUUAUAUGCAGAGCUCUCUAAAAUCUCCGAACAAAAAACAAAAAGCCGGUCCAUCAGGAACGCCCACUCCAUUCCUAUUUACUUUCGUGAUCGAUGAAGCAAUGAGGAGGACGACGAAGGUCUGUAAAUCUCCGGUCCUUCGAAGAGAAGAAGGUGCGGUGUUUUUGGAUGAACUAACCAAAGUCGCCCCGCACCUUGGUAUGCACUUUGCACCCACAAAGUGUAAGGUCAUGCUCCUGGACAUGCAGUCACUAACCACGCCACCUAAAAUCCAGGGAGAGGUACUGGAAGUUGGGGAAUGGUUUACCUGUCUUAGUUCUGAUUGUAGUGUGACAGACGAGGUCAAUUCACGAGUCUACAAGGCUAGGGCCGCGUUUGCUAAUCUGAUACAACUAUGGCGUCAAAGUUGUGCAUCCUUAAAUCUCAAGGGACGUGUGUAUCAGGCUACGGAGCAUAGUCCGUGUGGGUUGCUGUCUGAGAACCUGAAACGAGGUAAUCUGAAAGCGAGUUUUCUGUUGUGCAACGGUUGCCUCCAGCACCAGAAGCUGCGUUGGUUGGGACAUGUAUUGCAUAUGCCGAACCAUCGUUUGUCCAAAAGAACGCUGUUUUCCGUGCCCGAUCCGGAGCAAACCACCGAUAUGCAACCGUAUGCUGCAGUACAAGCUUCACAAAGAACGAAGCGGUUGUGGUCGAUUUCACAGAGAUACGCCAGAGACACUAAAAUCCCUUCGGGAGCUAGUGUAGUGCUCGUUUCUCACACGUGUAAAUAUGUAUAUUCACUGCAGGCAGCGUGGAGUAGAUGUGAAGCUCGAUGUUCCUCUGGAAAUGUGGGAUCAACCUUCUGUGGAGAUCACUUCCCUGUUUAA